AUGAUCUACUACAUGCUACUCAUACUGCCCAUACUGCCCGUGGUCCUGGCCCAGGAUCAGCAGCACACUACGGAAUCGCUGUCCACCAGGCACCACCAGCAGCAGCAGCUGUCGCACUCAAAUGCGAUAAUGGGCGAGGCUGGGGUCUCCAACUCGCAGCUGAUGCAGCCCUCCACUCCGGCGCGAACCCUGCGACCUUUGACCGCGGGCGCGGGAGGUGACCUCUCGCUGUACGACGCCCCCGACGACUGCCACUUCAUGCCAGCCGCUGGUCUGGACCAGCCGGAGAUAGCCUUGACGUGCAACCUGCGCACGGUGAACAGCGAGUUUGACACAACCAAUUUCAGUGUCAUUCCCGCGGAGCACACGAUUGCCCUGCACAUCCUGUGCAAUGACGAAAUCAUGGCCAAGAGCCGCCUGGAGGCGCAGUCCUUCGCCCAUCUGGUCAGGCUGCAGCAGCUGUCCAUCCAGUACUGCAAGCUGGGGCGACUGGGUCGCCACGUGCUGGAUGGUCUGGAGCAGCUGAGAAACCUGACGCUCCGGACGCACAACAUCCUGUGGCCAGCCCUGAACUUCGAGAUAGAGGCGGAUGCCUUCUCGGUCACCCGGAGGUUGGAGCGACUGGACCUGAGCUCGAACAACAUCUGGUCCCUGCCGGAUAACAUAUUCUGCACCCUGUCCGAGCUGUCUGCCCUGAACAUGAGCGAGAAUCGCCUGCAGGACGUCAACGAGCUGGGCUUCAGGGAUCGCAGCAAGGAGCCAGCCAAUGGCUCCACCGAAUCCACCUCCACCACCGAGUCGGCGAAGAAGAGCAGUAGCUCCAGCACCAGCUGCUCGCUGGACCUGGAGUACCUGGAUGUGAGCCACAACGAUUUUGUGGUGCUGCCAGCGAAUGGAUUUGGCACUCUGAGGAGGCUGCGAGUCCUUUCGGUUAACAACAAUGGCAUCUCCAUGAUUGCGGACAAGGCCCUCAGUGGACUGAAAAACCUGCAGAUCCUGAAUCUGAGCUCCAACAAAAUUGUGGCCCUGCCCACGGAGCUCUUUGCCGAGCAAGCCAAGAUUAUCCAGGAGGUGUACCUGCAGAACAACUCCAUCAGUGUUCUGAAUCCCCAGCUCUUCUCGAAUCUGGACCAGCUGCAGGCCCUGGACCUGUCCAUGAACCAGAUAACCUCCACCUGGAUCGAUAAGAACACCUUUGUGGGUCUGAUUCGCCUGGUUCUGCUCAACUUGUCGCACAACAAGCUGACCAAACUGGAGCCGGAGAUCUUCAGCGACUUGUACACCCUACAGAUUCUGAAUCUGCGCCACAAUCAGCUGGAGAACAUCGCAGCCGACACUUUUGCACCGAUGAACAACCUCCACACGCUGCUGCUGUCGCACAACAAACUGAAGUAUCUGGAUGCAUAUGCUCUGAACGGGUUGUAUGUGCUGUCGCUGCUCUCGCUGGACAACAAUGCCCUGAUUGGCGUGCAUCCGGAUGCCUUCCGGAACUGCAGUGCCCUGCAGGACCUCAACUUGAACGGCAAUCAGCUGAAGACCGUUCCGCUGGCCCUGAGGAAUAUGCGCCACUUGAGGACCGUGGAUCUGGGCGAGAACAUGAUUACCGUGAUGGAGGACAGUGCUUUUAAGGGUCUGGGAAAUCUCUACGGUCUCCGCUUGAUUGGCAACUACUUGGAGAAUAUUACCAUGCACACCUUCAGGGAUCUGCCCAACCUGCAAAUCCUGAAUCUGGCCAGGAAUCGCAUAGCAGUUGUGGAACCAGGGGCCUUUGAGAUGACCUCGAGUAUUCAAGCUGUACGUUUGGAUGGCAAUGAGCUGAACGACAUAAAUGGAUUGUUCAGCAACAUGCCCUCCCUUCUGUGGCUGAAUAUAUCCGACAAUCGUCUGGAGUCCUUUGACUAUGGACAUGUUCCAUCCACCCUGCAAUGGCUGGACCUGCACAAGAAUCGGCUGAGUUCCUUGUCCAAUCGGUUUGGUUUGGAUAGUGAGCUGAAGCUGCAAACUCUGGAUGUGAGCUUUAAUCAGCUUCAGCGCAUUGGACCCAAUUCCAUACCGAACUCCAUCGAACUGCUGUUCCUGAAUGACAACCUGAUAACCACUGUGGAUCCGGAUACCUUUAUGCACAAAACCAAUCUGACCAGGGUGGAUCUCUAUGCGAACCAAAUUACAACGCUGGACAUCAAGUCCCUGAGGAUUCUGCCAGUUUGGGAGCACCGAGCUCUGCCAGAGUUCUAUAUUGGGGGAAAUCCCUUCACCUGCGAUUGCAACAUUGAUUGGCUGCAGAAAAUCAACCAUAUAACCUCGAGGCAGUAUCCCAGGAUUAUGGAUCUGGAGACCAUAUACUGCAAGUUGCUGAACAACAGGGAGAGGGCCUACAUCCCCCUAAUCGAAGCCGAGCCCAAACACUUCUUGUGCACCUACAAGACCCAUUGCUUCGCCGUCUGCCAUUGCUGCGAGUUCGAUGCCUGCGAUUGCGAGAUGACCUGCCCCACGAAUUGCACGUGCUUCCAUGACCAGACCUGGUCCACAAAUAUUGUGGAGUGCUCGGGAGCAGCUUAUUCCGAGAUGCCGAGACGUGUGCCCAUGGACACCACCGAGCUGUAUAUCGAUGGCAAUAACUUUGUGGAAUUGGCGGGACAUUCCUUUCUGGGUCGCAAGAACUUGGCUGUUCUGUAUGCGAACAACUCGAAUGUGGCCCACAUAUACAACACCACUUUCAGUGGCCUCAAGCGCCUGUUGAUCCUGCACCUGGAGGAUAAUCACAUCAUCAGUCUGGAGGGCAACGAGUUCCACAACCUGGAGAACCUGAGGGAGCUGUAUCUGCAGUCCAAUAAAAUAGCCAGCAUCGCCAAUGGCAGUUUCCAGAUGCUGAGGAAACUGGAGGUCCUGCGACUGGAUGGCAAUCGACUGAUGCACUUCGAGGUGUGGCAACUAAGUUCCAAUCCCUACCUGGUGGAGAUCAGUUUGGCCGACAACCAGUGGAGCUGUGAGUGCGGUUACCUGGCCAGGUUCCGAAACUACCUGGGUCAGAGCUCGGAGAAGAUCAUAGACGCCUCCAGGGUGAGCUGCAUCUACAACAAUGCCACCAGUGUUCUGAGGGAGAAGAACGGCACCAAGUGCACUUUGCGCGAUGGCGUGGCCCACUACAUGCACACCAACGAGAUCGAGGGACUGCUGCCCCUGCUCCUGGUUGCCACCUGUGCCUUUGUGGCCUUUUUCGGUCUGAUUUUCGGCCUCUUCUGCUACCGACAUGAGCUUAAGAUGUGGGCCCACUCCACCAACUGCCUGAUGAACUUCUGCUACAAGUCGCCGCGCUUCGUCGACCAGCUGGACAAGGAGCGGCCCAACGAUGCCUACUUCGCCUACAGCCUGCAGGACGAGCACUUCGUCAACCAGAUCCUGGCCCAGACGCUGGAGAACGACAUCGGCUAUCGACUGUGCCUGCACUACCGCGAUGUGAACAUCAAUGCCUACAUCACGGACGCCCUCAUCGAAGCCGCCGAAAGUGCCAAACAGUUUGUGCUGGUGCUGUCCAAGAACUUCCUGUACAACGAGUGGAGUCGCUUCGAGUACAAGAGUGCCCUGCACGAGCUGGUGAAGCGCAGGAAGCGGGUGGUGUUCAUCCUGUACGGAGACCUGCCCCAGCGCGACAUUGAUAUGGACAUGCGGCACUAUCUGCGCACGAGCACCUGCAUCGAGUGGGACGACAAGAAGUUCUGGCAGAAGCUGCGCCUGGCCCUGCCCCUGCCAAACGGUCGGGGCAACAACAACAAGCGCGUGGUAUCCGGCUGCCUGUCGGCCCGCACUCCCUCCGUGAACAUGUACGCCACAAGUCAUGAGUAUCAGGCCGGCAACGGCGGGGUGAUACCGCCACCCAGUGCCCGCUACGCGGACUGCGGCAGCAACAAUUACGCGACCAUCAACGAGUGUGGUGCAGCUGGAGGAGGGCGUGGCUACAAACCCAUACCCACUUCAGCCUCGGCGGCGGCGGCGGCUUGUAAGUUCAACACCAUGAACCAGCUGUCCAAGAAGCAGCAGCGGGAUCUCAGUGUGGCCGGGAUGGCCAAGACCCUGGAGCAUCAGCACCACCACAACCACCAGGCGAAUCGCAGGAGCCAGCACGAGUACGCGGUGCCCAGCUAUCUGCCAAGUGCUGCUCCGGCCUACGACAGCGUGGAUUACGCCAAGCAGCAGAUCCGCCAGCAGAACAAUGCCAACUGCGAGUGCGUCAACCUGGGCACGGGCAAGAGGGCUCCCGGGAAAACUCCCGCCUCGGCACUGCCGUCCAGCUUCAGCUCGAACUUUGUGCCACCCGGAGGCGCCUCGUACAACUGCAAGAAGUCCUGCAGCUGCAUUGGCGACGACGAUCUGCUCUGCAGCUGCGGCGGAGGUGGCGGCAUUGGGGUCAAUCUCCUCGAGAGCGGCACCCAGAGCAGCGUGACCAUGAGCAGCAGCAGCAACAACAGCCGGCAGCCGGAGCUCACCCACUACGAGUCCAACUUGAGCCUGAACGACGACGAGGACGAGGAUCAGGACCAGCAGAAGAACCUGUGGGCGUAACGGGGUUAAAUGGUUAAAUGGUUAAAUGUAGGGGUUAAGCAGAGAGAGAGAGAGAUAGAAAAACAAAAACAGCAGGAGACAAACUGCGC